GGAGCCUGUUCUGGUGGGCGGGCGCAACACGGUGACGUGGACGGUUCUGGGGCGAAGCGCAGUUGGACGACGCGCCAGGCAACAGCUGAAAUGAAAUGAACAGAGAGAGCCGCGUAGUGCGUGUACGCCUCUGGAUCUAAUAUCACCUACCUGUCCUUGUCACUCUGGUAGUCAGCCGAGGUAGCCGAUGCUAGAAUGGCAGCGUUCAAUGGCCCAUUUUAAAGGCACUUUGAACAGAAAGAAGGCUUCAUCGCAGGAGGAAGUGCUCCGCUGUGCGUUUUGUUGGAGAACUGAACCCAUCCCGCAGACGGACCUCCCGCUCGCCGCUGCUCCGCCGAAGGGACGUACCCAGCUUUUGACAGCCGGCUUUGCGAUCUUCUACCGAUGAACUCUAUGAGGGAUCCAUUAAACGUAGACCAUCACCACGUAACCGGGAAUAAACUCGCCUCCGCGCACCCCACGGCUCUGGCGAUGGCCUCCACUUUGCAGCCGCUGCAGCGGUCUGUGGACUCUAAACACCGGCUGGAGGUGCACACGGUGUCGGACACGUCCAGCCCGGAGUCAGUCGAAAAAGAAAAGAACCUGAAUAAAAACGACGACUCCUCGGAUGACCCUUCCAAAAAGAAGCGGCAGCGGCGGCAGAGGACUCACUUCACCAGCCAGCAGCUGCAGGAACUGGAGGCCACUUUCCAGCGGAAUCGCUACCCGGACAUGAGCACGAGGGAGGAGAUAGCCGUGUGGACCAACCUCACAGAGGCCCGGGUCAGGGUUUGGUUCAAGAACCGGCGAGCCAAGUGGAGGAAGCGCGAGAGGAACCAACAGGCCGAGCUGUGCAAGAACGGCUUCGGCCCGCAGUUCAACGGACUCAUGCAGCCCUACGAAGACAUGUACCCGAGCUACACGUACAACAACUGGGCCGCCAAGGGCCUGACGUCGGCCUCCUUAUCCACCAAGAGCUUCCCUUUCUUCAACUCCAUGAACGUCAACCCGUUGUCCUCGCAGACCAUGUUCUCGCCGUCCAACUCCAUCUCCUCCAUGACCUCCAGCAUGGUGCCGUCGGCGGUCACUGGCGUGCCGGGCUCCAGCCUCAACAGCCUCAAUAACUUGAACAACCUCAGUAACCCGUCUCUCAACUCCGGGGUGCCCACUUCGGCGUGUCCCUACGCGCCUCCGACCCCUCCCUACGUGUACAGGGACACUUGUAACUCCAGCCUGGCCAGCCUGAGACUGAAAGCCAAGCAGCACUCGAGUUUUGGAUACGCCAGUGUGCAGAAUCCGGCCACUAAUCUGAGCGCUUGCCAGUACGCCGUGGACAGACCCGUCUAAUGGCUACCCGCACUGCAAACCAAAUCCCCCCCGUAGCGAGUCAUUAUAGCCUAGUAGUGACACUUAACGUGUUGUUUUUCUCUAAAAGGCGUGAGGGAACCUGAAGAUAAAUGUACUUUUGUCAUGUGAUUUAUGGAAUUUCUUGAUCAUGUGGCAUUUUCUCGGUACUAGUUGGAGAGGGACUUGCCUUUUUCUGCCUAUUUCUUCGAGGUAUUGCCACUUGAAAAUACCCGUAUCUCCUCAUUACUAACCAGUGAGGAUAUCCCAUCCAGUUAUUUGGGCGAAGGGGGGGGGGGCAAUUAUACAUUGAGGGUGAUUACAAGACCAAAUGACUUGUUAUGGUGGUCAUUUUUUGCAGUGUGCGGGCAACCCCAAACAGCCGCCACAGGAACAAGAGACUACUACAACUACUUUUUCUUCAUUUUUUCUUCUCCAAAAAGGGCACUAGAGACGACUGAACCACUGAAACAAGCUCAACUCCAGGUCGGAGUCAAACUGAAACGGGAGAAUUUAGGUGUAUUCCCUCUUUUGAUGAAUCCAGGCCUGCUUCACACGGCGCCACAGUAAGAAACACACAAAAAAAAACUAAGAAAAAAGAAGAAGUCUGAUUUUUAUUUUUCAUAUCUCAUUAUGAGGUUUUUUUCUGUUGGAUUUUGGACGUUAUUGUUGACUAUUAAGGUUGUAUAUAUUUGAAUGAUCAUCUCCUGUUUGUCGAGGCGAAUGCGCUAUAACCCUCCAGUCCUCUCCAGGUUCAAUUUAUCAACGCAUGUGGAAAAGAAAAGAAAAACCGUAAGAAAGGAAUCAUGUUUUGCUUGCAAACAAAAAGGGAAUGUACAUACUAAAACGCACAAGCUGUGUGUUUCUAGCAUAUUAUAAAUUUAUUAUUAAUGUCUGUGUGAAUAGCAAUUUAGAAUAGCAAUUCUGGAUUUAAAAAAAAAAAGCCGCAUCAAAAAAUGUUCUUGCGACAGAUGAUUUUUUUCUUUGCUCUGUGUAAACUAUUUGGUACGGAAUUCUUUUUUUUUUUUUUUUUU